UCAAACCGAUAACAGAUGAACCAACUGGGCACCGCUGAGUGACGUGUAAGCGCAGCCAGAAAACCAUUUCAAUUGUUUUUAACCACAAUUUAACCGAGAGUUCCACGAUAAUGGGUUCGUUUCGCCGCGAUAAAGACGAGGAAGAGGAUGGACCGAGCAAUGCUUAUCAAAAUCUGGAGAAGACAUCGGUGCUCCAAGAGACUCGCACCUUCAAUGAGACGCCGGUGAACGCUAGGAAGUGCAUCCACAUCCUGACAAAGAUCCUCUAUCUGAUUAAUCAGGGGGAACAGCUGGUGGCCCGUGAGGCCACGGACUGCUUCUUUGCGAUGACAAAGCUCUUCCAAUCCAAGGACGUGGUACUCCGUCGCAUGGUGUACUUAGGCAUUAAGGAGUUGAGCUCCAUUGCCGAGGACGUGAUCAUCGUAACCAGCUCGCUCACGAAGGACAUGACUGGGAAGGAGGAUCUUUACAGAGCCGCUGCCAUUCGAGCUUUGUGCAGCAUCACGGACAACACUAUGUUACAAGCUGUGGAGCGGUACAUGAAGCAGUGCAUCGUGGACAAGAACGCGGCGGUUUCUUGUGCCGCCUUGGUGAGCUCGUUGAGAUUGGCCAGCACCGCCGGCGACGUAGUUAAGAGGUGGGCCAACGAAGCCCAGGAGGCAUUAAACAGCGAUAACAUUAUGGUCCAAUACCACGCAUUGGGACUGCUGUACCACAUCCGUAAAUCGGAUCGGCUGGCCGUUUCCAAGUUGGUAAACAAGUUGACAAGGGGUUCUCUAAAAAGUCCAUAUGCUGUGUGCAUGCUGAUACGGAUUGCCUGCAAGUUGAUCGAAGAAGAGGACAUUUCCUCCGAGGAACUGUCCGAUUCGCCUUUAUUCACAUUCAUCGAGUCUUGUCUUCGCCACAAGAGCGAGAUGGUUAUCUACGAAGCAGCGCACGCUAUUGUCAACCUAAAGAACACCAAUCCACGAAUGCUGUCGCCGGCAUUCUCCAUCCUCCAGCUAUUCUGCAGCUCGCCAAAGGCCACGUUGCGUUUUGCGGCUGUGCGUACGCUUAACAAGGUGGCCAUGACACAUCCGGCAGCGGUGACCACCUGCAACCUCGACCUGGAGGGCCUUAUCACCGACUCCAAUCGAUCGGUAGCGACACUGGCCAUCACCACUCUGCUGAAGACCGGAGCCGAAUCCUCGGUGGAACGCUUGAUGAAGCAGAUCUCUACGUUUGUGGCCGAGAUCUCAGACGAGUUCAAGGUUGUGGUAGUUCAGGCUAUAUGCGCCCUGUGCACCAAGUAUCCACGAAAGCACACGGUUCUGAUGAACUUCCUCAGCGGAAUGCUACGCGAGGAGGGCGGCCUGGAGUAUAAAACGUCCAUUGUCGACACCAUUAUCACAAUCAUCGAGGAGAAUGCAGAUGCCAAGGAGUCCGGCCUGUCCCAUUUGUGCGAGUUUAUCGAGGACUGCGAGCACGUUUCGCUGGCCGUGAGGAUUCUUCACUUGCUUGGCAAAGAAGGACCCUUUGCAGCCACGCCCUCCAAGUACAUACGUUUUAUCUACAACCGCGUGAUUCUGGAGAGUCCUAUUGUGCGAGCAGCCGCUGUGACGGCGAUGGCGCAGUUUGGAGCCUCUUGUCCGGCUUUGUUGACAAAUAUUCUCGUCCUGCUGGGUCGUUGUCAGAUGGAUCCGGAUGACGAAGUACGGGACAGGGCUACCUAUUACCUGAGCAUCUUAAACUCGGAGAGGCCUGAGCUCUACAAGAAUUAUAUUAUCGAGCGUGAGAAUUGUUCAUUGGCUCUAUUGGAGAAGUCGCUGGUCGACCAUUUGAAUGGCGACCUAGAGACUUCCUUCGAUAUUUCCGUUGUACCCAAGGCGGCUAUCAUUAAGCCGGUAAUUGCCAAUGAUGUUAUGCUGGUAACCAAUAGUGCCCCAAGACCCCCGAAGAUCACUCGCGAGGAGGAGAGCGCCGCACGCUUAGCCCAGCUUCCGGGUAUCCAGGUGCUGGGACCUAUUCAUCGCAGCACGGCUCCUAUUCAGUUGACAGAAAGCGAAACGGAGUACACCGUUCAGUGCAUCAAACACAUUUUCGGCCAACACGUGGUCUUCCAGUUCGAUUGCUUGAACACUCUGUCCGAUCAAUUCCUGGAGAAUGUUCGAGUCGAACUAACGCUGCCGGAGGGAUUCACGACCAGGGCGGUCAUUCCAUGUCCAAAGUUGCCCUACAACGACCUGCAAACCACGUUCGUCAUCGUGGAAUUCCCACCCGACGCUGCCAGUUCAAUAGCCACCUUUGGUGCCACUUUGCGAUUUGUGGUCAAGGAUUGCGACCCCAACACGGGUGAACCAGAUUCCGAUGAUGGCUAUGACGAUGAGUAUAUGCUGGAAGAUCUGGAGCUCACUGUUGCCGAUCAGAUACAGAAAACCAAGAAAAACAAUUUCCAGGUGUCCUGGGAUGCGGCCGAUAGCGAAGAAUGGUUGCAAGCUGAGGACACCUUCGUGCUUUCGGCAGUGACCACCCUGCAGGAUGCGGUGAACACCAUAAUAAAAAUACUUGGGUUGGGGGCUGCAAACCUUUCUGAAAAGGUUCCUGAGGGUACACAUCUGCAUACUUUGCUCUGUUCUGGAACCUUCAGGGGCGGUGCCGAGGUCCUGGUUCGGGCCAAGCUGGCGCUUUCCGAGGGCGUCACGUUGAAUCUGACCGUGCGCAGCACCGAUCAGGAUGUGGCGGAGCUCAUAACGGCGGCCAUCGGAUAAGACAGCGAGCCAUGCAGGAAUAUAGUCUGGUUCCUGCGUGCUGUCAACAUAAUCUAAACUCCAACCAACUAAACAGAAAGCUACACUUAAUCAAAAAUAUAAUUUGUACCUUUAAGUGACUGUCUCUAUAACUCUGUCCACAAUUCGGCAUGUGCAUCACUGAGUAUUGUUAAUGCCCCUUUCCAGAAAGUUGAUGUGGCUCCAGCGAUGCAUCCUUUAAUAAGUAAUGUAUAUGUUUAUUAUGCCCCGAUUAGCCUGUGCAUUUAGAUUAAGUAUGGAAACAAAAUAAAUAAUAAAAAAAAACAUGUAUAUGCAAUGCAACCGGA